AGGGACGAGGAGGUGUUUUACUUCGACAUUGACAGAUGCAGAGACAAGUUAACUUUUGAGCAUUUUUAUUUCUAGUCACAGAUCACGGAAGUUUUAAUUUACAUUUAAAUAUUGUUUAUUAACAGAAGUAUAUUCAAUAGAAACUAUUGAUUAACCUGAAGUUGAUUUCUUACUAAUGAGCUGGCAUCAAUAGCAAGUAAGGUCUAAGAGAAAAACAUUUGGAAAGCUCAACGACCGGUGAAGUUAGGUUAUUAAUCAACAUGUCAUAACUUUCAAUUAAAACAUUUGGAACCAUAUUUUUUGGAUCGCAUUACACUUGAUACCAGUCAAAAAUGAGUUCCAUUGAGAGAGAUCCAAAGAAGCGAAGGGUGAAACCAGUGGAACAAGCGUGCGUUCUAGAUUUUGACGAGGAGAGCUCCGACGAUAGUGAUUUUAGAAUUGAAGAUCACCCAGAAGUUAGCGAUGACGACGAUGACUCCUUAGACAGUAAGGCAGGAGAUAAUGAUGAUGCCAGUAGUGAUGAGGAAAAUAUAACAGAUGGAUCCGAUUUGGAUGAGUUGAGAAAUCUGAGUCUCCCUGACACAAAUGGAAUCGGUUCUUUUUCUGAUAUUAUUCGGCAAGCAUCAGUUCAAUCCAAAAUAAAGUUUGAUGACAAGGAUGCACAAAUACUCAUUUGCUGCGGUUGCUUAGGGGAUCAGAGUGACGGGGUUAAUGAAAUUGUCGAAUGUGAUGGAUGUGGAAUUACAGUACACGAAGCUUGUUAUGGCAUUUCGGAAUCUACAAGUAUUGCUAGCACAGAUUCUCUUUCACCAACUACACCUUGGUUUUGUGAGUCUUGCAAAGCUGGUAUCAAAGAACCAGUUUGUGAGCUCUGCCCCAACUCUGGGGGCAUCUUCAAAGAGACAGACGUGGGGAAAUGGGUUCAUCUAGUAUGUGCUCUUUAUGUACCCGGAGUUGCUUUUGGCGAAGUAGACAAAUUAACCAGCGUAACCCUAUUUGAAAUGCCAUACAGUAGGUGGGGUGCUAAAACUUGUUCUCUAUGUGAUGACGAGCGCUUCGCCAGGACAGGGGUUUGUAUAGGUUGCGAUGCUGGAAUGUGCAGAACUUACUUCCAUGUCACUUGUGCACAAAAAGAGGGUUUUCUCUCAGAAGCACAUUCCGAAGAGGUAGAUCAAGCUGAUCCUUUCUACGCCCACUGCAAAAUGCACUCUGACAAGACCUUAGUGAAGAAACGGAAAAGGAACUACCAAGCUCUGCAGUUGCGAACGCACUACAGGAAGUACCAGUUCGAACAAGAGGGGCACAGUGAUAGUCCAGAGCAAGUGAGGAUACGGAGAAAGAUGGACAAGCAGAAAGUGCACUAUCUCAGUUAUAAGGCUAUCAAGCUGCCUCCUUGGGUGCCGACACAGAAGAUGCCGAGGCUGCUAACGACAAGUGCUUCUGCUUGUCGCAAACUGCUACGCAAAGCGGAACUGAUGGGAAUCAACACAAUCGCUCUGGAAAUGCAGGAGAGUCAGGCAGCGGCUCUAAUAGACGUGAGGAAGAAGUGGCACAUCCCGCCCGCUUUCACCGUCGAGUUCAUAGCGUACUAUCUGGACCGCAAUGACAGACUGAAGGAGAUGAAGACAAGCUUGGAAAGGUACAUGGAAGAGAACAAGGUGUUGCUUGCGGACCAGCAACUUUUAAGGGUUAAAUACGACGAAGUUCUCAAGAAGAGCACUGAAGUGACUGCCAAAAAUAAUGAUCUGAAGCAAAACAUCCACAAAUACCAUUCGGCUAUUUUGAGUGCGAGUCCGACAAAGAAUUUGCCUAAUAUUGAUGAUCUCGGCAAACCAGCAGCGGCAAGCAGGGCUCCUCAGCCCAUGAUGGUGCCCACUGCGGCGGCGUUGAAGAUGGGAGUUGGUUUUCCGUUGAAGAACAUUCCUUCCGGUCGAGGGGACAGGGUGCUGAGCAGUCAUGCCAAUAAAGAUCCUCUGAUGCUGAAUGAAUGCGGCAUUUGCAGGCAGCGCCGUGAUCAGCACUUGCUGGCCAAGUGUGACACAUGUCACCUCUUCUACCAUAUGAACUGCCUGAACCCGCCUUUGAGCCGCCUGCCUAAGAAGUCCAAACUGUAUGGCUGGCAGUGCUCCGAGUGUGACAAGACCUCUGAGUCAGAAGUGGAAGAGGUAAAGGCACCCAGGAGGAGCCGCAGCAUCUACAGCAACAGGGAAAACAAGUUUGAUUACGAAGUCCCUUCUCCUCCCAAACUGAAAAUAAAGCCUUUGAGUCCGACCCCAGAACCCAAAUCGCCGCCUUCCAAGGUCGAACCUUCCAAAGUAGAUUCGUUCUCGAAUCUGAUAUCCGAGCUAGCAGAGACUAAUGGCGUUCAGAUCGUCAUGGAUAACGGGUACGAAGGAGGACACAAAUCAGGAAAGAAACGGCGCAGGGAGAAACACCGAAACAGAUACUCCCCUGAUCUGGGAAGAGAGCACAAGAGGAAGAGAAAGAAGAAGAGUCUGGACACGGACGAGUGUCUUCCUCAUCCUAGGAUUACUAUCAAGAUAAAGCCAAUUCCUCUUCCAGCAGGAGAAGUGGCUUCUGAAUCGAACCCUCAGUGUUUUUAUGUGAACAAUGAGGCAGACGACAACGUGCCUCCGCCUUUGCCUCCCAAGCCUGUCGUAGCAGCUUCGGUCCCCGUUCCCGCCAAAAUUGAAAAACGAGAAGUGAGAAAGAGUAGAAGUCCCAGGAUAUCAGAUGCUUCGAAGCCUGUGGAAAAGCAAAAACUUUCACCCAAGAAAAGUACCAGUUCAUCAAACUCUUGUGACGUUUGUCAGCAAGAUGGGUCAACUAACGAUUCCGUCAAGUGUGACGAAUGUUUGAAGAAUUAUCAUUUUACCUGUCUGGAUCCACCCGUCAAGAAAACACCGAAACGAAGAGGGUACUCGUGGCAUUGUGCUGAUUGCGACCCUACGGGGUCCGAGUAACUGGACUGUGCAGGAAAUUAAUUUAUGAAAUAAUAUAAAUGUAGUGUAUUGAAAUAAAUCUAUUAUUGUAAGGAA